GCUGGGUGUUUUUGUGCCUCCCAUAUCUGUAUGCCACUGAGUCACUUCAAGUGUGGGACAUGAAGGAUUGCAAGGUAAUAAUUUUGUCUGGUAACAAGGGCUAUAAGGAUCUUGGACAAAAAGGGUGAAACUACUUGUAUUAACUGUGCAUAUUUCUGGCCUAGGUACGUUCUCUUCAGACCACAUUUGGAGAAUUUGAAUCCAUGAUGAAGAUUGUUCAGCAGAAGCAGGAGGUGAGCGAGAAGGCUGUAAAACAAGGGGAGAGUGAAAUAAACCGGAUCAGCGAAGUGCUUCAGAAGCUACAAAAUGAAAUUUUAAAAGACUUGUCUGAUGGCAUUCACAUGGUGAAGGAUGCAAGGGAACGAGACUUCACAUCUCUGGAAAACACAGUGGAAGAGAGACUAACAGAGCUGACCAAGUCAAUAAACGAUAACAUUGCUGUAUUCACUGAAGUCCAGCAGAGGAGUCAAGAUGAAAUCAACAAUAUGAAAACAAAGGUUGGUUCGCUAGAACAGGCAGAUGUGUAUAAACAUGAAAUUAAGGUGCUAAAAGAUGCUUUUGAUCAGAUGCAAGCAUCCAUGAAAAUGAAAGAAAAGGACAUAGAGACCUUGAAGAGUACAAUAGACUCCAUGGAGUCUGAUGUGUACACUGAAGUGAAAGAGUUAGUCAACCUCAAACAAGAACAUGAAAAGUUCAAAGAGGCUGCGGACACUGAACACCUUUCAUUAAAAGCUUUACAAGAGAAAGUUCUGAGAGCUGAGGAUUCUAUUAUGCAGCUCCCUAGUGACAUUAAAAGACUUGAUGAAGAUUUACUGCAAGUUAAAACCAACCUCAACAAAUGGGAAGAUAAUGAACUCUUCAGAAAAGCAUUAGAAACUUUUGGGAAGAACAGUGAAGGACUGGAGUCUCGAUUGAGGCACAUAGAAGACAGCCUAGAGUCUCUAGCAUCUGUUGCUGCUCAAAACAGUGAAAAAUUGGAAUCUUUCCUUUCUAAGGAGGCAGAGUAUGAGAAUAAACUCAAUACCCUAGAACAAAGCAUUAGCACUCUUCAGGGAGUCUCAAAUACAGAUGUAACUUCAGUCACAGAUGUUCUGAAAAAUCUUGGUGAGGCACAGAGUUCGCUGUACAAUGACAUGGAAAGCUUAAAGAGAAGCAUCAGUGACUUGCCAUCCUCUGGUGCUCUCCAAGAUGUCCAGAAGCAAAUUAGUACUUUGUUGGAUCAAGGAAAUCUUCAGGCAGGUGAAACGCUUUCUCAAGGCUACAUUGAAAAGUUUUCUUCUAUGGAAGGCUCCGUAGAUGAACUGAGAUCUUCUGUUAGCCAGGUCGAUUCUGAUUUGAAAAUGAUAAGAACUGCAGUGGAUAGUUUAGUCGCCUAUUCCGUGAAAAUUGAAAAUAAUGAGAACAACUUGGAGUCUGUGAAGAGCUCAAUAGAUGACCUGAGGAAUGAUCUGGAAAGGUUGUUCGUGAAAGUAGAAAAAAUACAUGAAAACAUUUAGGCAGUGGUGCUCCUUGGGCAAAUAAUGGGUUAAGGAGAAUAGCUUUUUUAUGCCCUGUUUUUUACUCUUUUAAAAAGCAAUUUGAUACCUCCAAAGAGAAUAAGAAUACUUUAAUAACAGAGACAGUUCUGCUUAUUUCCUCAUUUCUUUUCUGUGUAGUGUUUUUGGAGUUUUUGUUGUUUGUUUUUUCCUUUCCCUAAAUUUUGUUUCAAGAAAACACAAGUUUAGUUGGGGUUGAGUUUCUUAAGGGCUCAUCUUCUCUAUGAGGUUGUACCACUGUUAAGUGUAGUGGUAUAACUAAGGCACUACAGCCUCAUUAGCAUGGGCACAUAUGUAAUGGCAUGAAGGUGUUUCACACUGACACUAGAUACCCCACACAGAAGGGCUACAGCUGUUCUGGUACCCAAAGCAUACUGCUGCACUCACUGAGGAUUUUACUGGUAUGUUCUGGUUUAAGAAACAAAAAUACACACUAUCUUAUCUUAAACUGUUUGCUGUGGUGAACUUAAGAGUGGAGCAGAUGUGGAGCACCUCCUCUGUUUCUGCAGUUUGGGACUCAGACGUGUGGUCAUUUUACCGAGGGUCAGCUGAGCUGUGGUGUAUUUCUGUGGGACCUUAAUCUGUACCAAGGAACUAACAAGGUCUGAGGUAAAUGGUACUGUCUGGGGCUAAGGCCUAAGAGGUUCAUUAUUUGUGACCACAGGCUUCUUUUCCAGCAUCUUCAGCUGCUGGUGCAGAUCAGUGCUUAGAAGGGACAUCUGAAGGAUGGGAUUAAUUUCAAGAGGGUACAAUAAUAUUUUUGUCAGAUUGUUAGAUUGUUUACAUGAUUAGGCUGUGUCUUCCUUGGAAAGAUCCCAUUUGGUCUUUGAUAAGGGAUUUUUCUGUAAAAAUAAUCACAAAUUUGAGGAAAGAGAAGGACCAAAAUUGCACCUGUCGUGUUCCAUAUAUAACAAGCAUGCCAACAACAGCAAUGAUACGCUCCAAAACACAAGAGGGAAAAAUCACCAUGAAAUCAGCAGAAUUGCUUCUGUGGCAUAUACAUUUCCAAGUUUUCACACAGCUGACAGUGACCUGAACUCUUGUUAUAUGUUCAGGACUUCGUGCCUGAUUCUUGUCACUAUUUUUGUCACCAGGUGUCUGGCUGGGGCAUUGGUAGCAAAGGAUCCUUCUAGGAGACCUGCUCUAGGAGAGUGAGGAAAAAGUGUCAUAAUUCUGUAGAUGGUCUUUUAAAAACCACUUCCUUGUGGAGCUUCUUUGGUUUUUCUGUCUUUUUGGAAAGGAUUUCUAGUAAUCUCUCCUUUUAAAGUUUAUUUUUGAACUUUAUCCAAGUAAUUUGUAAAGGAGUCUGCACAUGGAUACCUUGGAAAUAGGCCAUGGGCAUCAUGCCCACCUCAGCCUGGACCAGACAGAUCCUCAACUGUGUAAGAUGAAAACUUCCUAGAAAUAGCAUCUCCCAGAAAUGGGAAUAGCACAGGUGAAAAGGAGUUCUCCUAGGUAAACAGGAUACUGAACCAUAACCAGUGUUGUUCCCGCUGUAAGCAGGAAAGAAUUGCUGUCAGAGAAAGGGGGAGCCAUGGCAUUAAGGUAACUGUUGUCACUGUUGGAACUGCACUGUUCUUUGUUGACUUCUCAAGUUCUUGAACAAUGUUGUUUAGGUUACUGUGAAACGAACUCUAUGGCUUAUUUGCAGUAUUUUUAAUACAUAAUAAACAUUUGGAAUA